AUUCAUGUGUUGUUUGUUGAGAUUAGAAGUGAUGUUGGUUUUACUUGUAGCAAUUUACUUAAGAUUUUGGAUCUUUUUGAUAUGUUGAAUGUGAUUUGGAACUAAUUUUUCACCAUUGCGUAAGUUAAAGAAAAAGAGAGGAGCUGCUUUGGCUUUAUCACAGUGCUCCAGAAAAUUCCAAGAGUUGUGUUCUUUCAAGGUUUUUCAUUGCCUCCUUAUCCUUUCCAAACCGACUUGGAACUUGGAAGCCAAGGCAAUCUGUCUGUAAUCUAAAUUCACUAUUCUUAAGCCCCCCCCGCCCUAAUGAAACUUCAGUGCAACUCACAACCGACUUGAAGAUUCUCAUACUUUUUUCUAACUCCUUGAUUACUUCACUUGGCAUUUUGAAAAAAGGGCGUAGAGGAGCUGGCCACACCGGCAAGGUGAUAUGACUGGAAACAUACCUGAGAUUCAAAGUAGACGUGUAGAGCAUACAUGUCUAGCUGAAAAUGUAAAUGCUUCUGCUGGUUCUCCUAAAACUUCUCCAGAAGUCUUUCCAUCAGCUAUUGAAUUCUAUGUCUGGUCGGAUGAGGGAAUUAAUCUUUACGUGGAUUUAAAUUCUAGCCCUUUGGAUUGGACCGAAAGAUUAAAAAAUGAGGUUUACAUCUGUGAGAGCAUCUACAGAGACAAAUGUCUGCAACAAAACCUCUGUUGGUUUAAAGGUCAUAAAGAAUUUGCGAAAUCUUUUCAGUGGAAUAAUCAUGCUAGCCUAAUCAAGGGUGACUAUGUACGGAAGGAAACUCCCUCCUGUUCAAACCUGAUGACAAAUAAUUGCACGGAGACUGACCGACUAGAUGAAGCGGAUGGAUAUGUAGUCUUCUCUGCUGUAACGUCUCAUGCCUUUAAUGCAGAUGGUUCUGAGAAUUUAGAUGAAGAUCAGACAAUCAUAUCUUCUGAAACUGAUUUGGAUAUGCAGAACCAGAAACUUGCUGGGUCUGAAUCUUGUAUUGAAGAGGAUAACCGUGCAACGAAUCUUGAUUUUGAGAUUGAUAAUGUUUUACAGAAAAAGGAAAAUUCUGAUCCAAUUUCUGGUGGUCAAUCUAAUCUUUCCACAUUAGUCCAUCAAAAUUUUACGCUUGAAAGUGAAAUGUGUGCAUCUUCAACACUGCAGUACAGCUGCAGUAUUUUAAACCCCUUUGUGGAGAAUCCUGGAAGCUCUGCAGCUGGUUCUAUGGACAUGGAAUCAUCAGAUAUUGACCAAUGCUCUAAAGACGUCUCUUGUUCACCUUGUAGACCAUUACCACAGAGAGACUCGAAUGUUUCUGAUUACAGCUUGCAAACAAGUGCAGAAAAGUCGGAGAGGAACAACUUAAGUGUUGCAACGGAGAGUCCAGAAUGCUCUCGGUUCCCUGAAUCUAUGGAGAAGACGUUGCCUGUAUCUCAUAUUCCCGAAUCUAAUGGAGCACAUAAGAGGAGGAAACUCACUAAAACUGAAACAAGUUGUUAUAGUGAACCUGAUAGGAGAGUUUUAAGAAGUGUUACCAAUAAACUGAGGCUACCUAGAAGAUCCAGGCGGCUCAUUUUAAAGGUUGUGUUGCCACAUUACGAAUCGACAUUUUUUUUUCCUGGGAAAGUACAAGCUUUUGUAUCCAGGUUUGUUCUUCAGUUUGAUGGGUAAGAACUCUUAUCAUUCUAUGAAAGAAAUCAAGUCUGUGUAAUGCCGAUCAGUUUCAUAAUGAUUCGUAUAAUCGAGAUUCUUUAGGGACACAUUUCUGAGAUCAUUAUAUGAUACACUUUAAAAUAAAAAUGACUUGGCAGUUUCUGCUGUUUGCAGUUU